AUGUUACCGGCGUUGGUGUUCGAACUGUUGCCAAUCUUCGGCUUCCUUCUUUGUGUAUCCACAGGCUUCUACCUUUGGAUUAUGCGCAAAAAACAGAAGGAUGCGUUUGCUGGGAUCUACGUGGUACAGUGUUUAGGUAUUGUUAUAAUAUUUUUAUGGUAAUUGUGUGGUUUAUGUAUUGUGCAUCUUAUCGUUGUUUUUAACUGUUCUCUUGUUGUAGACUUUGCAUACGGCAUAAGUUUGUUUUAUGCCGGUUUCCACGGAUGUUUCAUAUCCGCAAACAGUGAUGACAACAGCGCAAUUCAACCGGUCGAUUGUUUGUACAGAGCCAUCCAUAUAAGUUUAUGGUGUGUACUAGACUUGUCUAAUUUCAUAGUUAUAUUUUUAUUGUGUUUUGAUCAACUAGUAUCUGUUAUUUGGACCAAGAAACACAAAGUUGUAAGUUUAAAGUUAAACUUUAAACUUUUUUUACUAAACAAAUAUUCAAAUUUCUAGAUUAUUUUAAAUUUAAAACUACAAAGAAUUGUUUAUUUUUCGCUACCUUUGUGUUUCAAUUGGCAACUAACUCCUUACAAUUUUAGAUCAACUCAUUGUACAUGUCGCAAAAGUUUAUAUUGGCUAUGGUAACAUUGUCAAUGGUGAUCCUGGUCCCAGCUUGGAACUUCCCUUUAUCGCAAUCCGAUAACUCAACUAUACGUGUAUCUCCAUUUUGUACAAUAGAGUCUGUCUUCAGUAGUAAAUUCUACAGAAAUGAACUUAACAUGCGACAGUAUGCGCCUUUAAUUGGUAAAGUUUCAUAACUAUAGCUAAUAUGCGUUACAAUUCUCCAUUGCUCAUUGUAAUGCUCGCUAUAUAUUACAAUGUCAAUAUACAAAACUAAACAAGCCAAUUUAGGUGUGAUUAUGUUAUCUCUAGCCGGCUUUUCUCUACUGGUAUUCCAAUUACUACAGAACUGGAGCUUCAAAUGGUCCGACAACAACGAGGAAGCCGAAAGAUUCUACUUCUUUGUCCUCACGAGAUGCAUUAUGCUACUAGCAGUUGUACAUUUUCCUUUGUACGUACUAUCUUCACAUAUCAAUCGGCAAGACCCUAUUUUGGAAAUAUUGUUAAGGAUAGCAUACGCCGUCAUGUUUGGCCUUCUUGAGCCCAUAACGCUGUUCAAGCUCUUCCCAGAGUAUCGUACGGAGUUUUACAGCUUCUUUUUACGAUACUCCCACAACACAAAGCGGACCUGGCAAAGUGCGGGUGGGUGUUAAUCUUGUUUUUAAUAGUGCUGACAAAUUAACUUUACAAUAAGCAAUUGAAAACUACGCCAUGCUUUGAAAAUAAAAGUCAUCAUUUACUAUAAAUGACAUUUUAAAUUUCAGAGGAUCCGCCUGAAUCCAAAGAAGACGUCGGCAAAGAAGGCCUAGACUUCGGAAGCUGGUACUCUUCGGCCGGCAACAUUAUCGGCGAAGCUGGCGUGCCGUACGAAAUGAAUGCCGACAAACAAAAGAGCGUGUCCUUCUACUACAACGAGAUGGAGAAAGUUUAA